AUGUAUUCGGUUCCGUCCCGACUGAACGCGGCUUUCGCCUACACGAUCAGCGUUUUAAGCGCAGUGACGUUUUGUUGUUUUUUGAGCACAGCUUUCCGUCAGUAUUCAACUUCUGCCUUAAUUUCAUCGUCGAGGCCGAUCGUGAAGCAUUUGCCGGAUUAUAGCGCAGCCCGCGAUAGCAGCGACCUCGGCUAUGUCAACUUCAAUGUCGAAGUGGAUCUGACGCCACUGUUCGACUGGAAUGUGAAACAGCUGUUUUUGUUCUUAACCGCCGAGUACGAGACGACCGAAAACGUAAGUAGUUUCGUGAUGAUUCCCAUAUCGUAA